AUGGGAGAUGGGCAUAUACUGAAUGUGUGGAAGGACAAUCUGCAUGUGGAGAUGAGAAGGAUAUCGCAGCUUGUAAGGAGGUACAGAUAUGUUGGGAUGGACACUGAGUUUCCUGGAGUGGUUGCGAAGCCUGUUGGGAGCUUCAAGUCGCCCUCUUCAUUUGUGUAUCAGCAGCUGAGGUGUAAUGUGGAUAUUCUGAAGAUUAUACAGAUUGGGAUUUCGCUAAAUGAUGAGCAGGGCAACAGGCCGCAGCCAACGAACACGUGGCAAUUUAACUUUGAGUUCAACCUUGAGACUGAGAUGUACUCGCAGGAGUCGAUAGAUCUGCUUAUCCAGGCAAGGAUAGAUUUCAAAGAGCAUAAGAGACGGGGAAUAGGAGUUGAGGAGUUUGGCGAGACUUUGAUGACAUCUGGGCUUGUGUUGAACGAGGAUGUAACGUGGAUUUCAUUUCACUCUGCAUUUGAUUUUGGAUAUCUUGUUAAGAUCCUGACGUGUAAUAUGCUACCUGAGAGGGAAGACGAGUUUUAUAGGUUGCUGAAUGCGUUUUUUCCGGACUUCUGCGACAUAAAGUUUCUAGUACAGAACAGCAAGUAUCUGAAAAAGGGUCUGCAGGAGAUUUCGAACGAUCUUGGACUGGUGAGGGAGGGAAUUCAGCAUCAGGCAGGAAGCGAUGCAUUACUGACAUCGCACGCGUUUUUUAAGGCAAGGGAGACUCUUUUUAACAAGAGUAUUGGGAAAGAGUUUAUGUGUAAGCUAUUUGGUAUUGAAGUAAAUAAUUAG